AUGCUGGAAGAUUUUCUCUACGAACUCCUGCCUGUGGUCGGCUUCGCCAUGUGCGCUUCUUCACUUUUCAUCCUUCUAGUCAUGCGAAAUUCCAAGGGGCCACUUAAGUUCUGCCAGUUUUUCGCCCUCGUUGGUGGGUUUCUUCAGUAAACUUCAUUUUCAUGAAGUUGAAGUUUCAGACUUUAUUUGUGGCGUCGCCGUGAUUUUUUCCGGGUUUCACGGGGUUUUCGUCAUGAUUUAUGGCGGUGUCGCCGAGGUUUGCGAACUUUGAUACUUUUUUUUUAUAGAAGAAGUACGAAUUAAUUAUUUAGCCCAUAUUAUUUUCUGAAGGUUGGAAAAGUAUUUUAAUGCCGUCUCCGCGCCAUAAUUAAUUGACGAUUUGACGCGUUAAUUUUUUAAAAGUGUGUGAAAGAAAGUUGCUGAUAUAGUAAAUGGAAAGAGUAGAAAAAAAGUCCCAAAAAAACGGGGAUUUUUAAUUCAAAAAAAUUUUUGAAACUUUGGAAUAGUCCGUUCGCCGUGAAGUAAGAUUUUCCGAGUGUCUGCGUCUCUCUGUUCUCUCACCGGAGAGAUCAGAGAAAGAUAAAAAUAGUGUUCUAAUAUGAGAGGGUCGUCGAGAGACGAGGAGGGUGCAGAGAAACUAAACAGUUACAUGUCGCGAAAAAUGGAGUGUAACAUGUUUGCUUGAUUCAUUAUUGAAACAAUAAAUGAACACUGAAAAACGGUCCCUUUUGAAAUGCGCCCGACUCGCGACGGUUUACGCGUUUCAGCAUCGGAAUGUGUUGAAGCAAGCUGCUAGUUUUAGAGUCGGAUUUUACACUAGAAUUAACGAUAAAACGAUGUUUUCAACUGUUCAAUGUUCUAAAGCGAUUCUUCAACUCGCUAUUCCAAUAAUAUUGAACUCUUUAAAAAUAGAAAUAGAGCUGAAAUUAACAAUAAUUCCAGGAUACUUUUACAAGCUUCCAAUAAAAAUAUUCUCAGACGGUCCAGCCAAUCAACUGCCUUCUCUACGGGUUUCACUUGGCUUUUUUCGUUCUCACCGAUUAUCUUCAUGUCAUUUUGCUGGCCGCCUUUUCAAUCGACCGCCUUUUUUUCAGAUUGUUUGCCUCGUCCGCUACGUUAAGGUUUCAGUUGAGAUUUUUAAUAAAAGUUGAAUAGUUAGAGUUUUUUUGAAAUGUUUUUCCAGUUCUUUUUCUCUCUCUCCUGUCUUUUUUUAAAUCAAAAACUAGAGAAAAAGAGGGUGCAGAGAUACAGAGAAAGUGAUCCCCAAUUACUUGUGGGCCAUCGAAAAAUAUUGACUUAUAGAAAAACGAAGUUAUUGAUAAAAAAUUUUAAAAAAUAAGAAGCUCAUGUUCUUUUUUUGUAGUAGGACAAACUUUAUAUUGACAAGAUUUUUGAUUCAUAAUUCUCAAAAUUCGAAAAAAUAAAAAAUUACGUGUCACUCAUUUCAAAUGUCUUUUCGGCAAUGUUAGAAGCUGUGAAAAAUGGGAUAAAAUUUUUUUCUUUUUUUGAAGGAGUACAUGAGAACCCUGCAAAGAAAUAUUCUGAAAGAAAAUUCUUCUAAAAAAAUUUUAAAGAAUACCCGAAAAUUAAUAUUUUCUUUUUCCAGGCCUGCAAACACUACAUGAAAUGGAAGCUUUUCAUUGUUUUCGUCGUUUUUUCGGCUUAUUUCUUCAUUCCCGCUUUCCAGAUGCCUUUUUCGGUGAGUUACGGGUCGAAUAAUGUAAAAUGGUACGUUGGAAAAAAGCUAUUUUUCGAAAAUUUUUGAAGUUUUUUAAGCUCAAGCCUCUAAAAUGCGUAGAAUUCAUGAUCAUGGCUCGUUUAGAAUUUUCAAAAAAUUAAGUAUUGACGACCAAAAAAAGUAGAUUUUGUAUUUUUGAGUGGUUUUUGGGUCAGCCUAUUUUCAAUUUGACCUGUAAUUUAAGUUUGUUUGAGAAAUAGUGUUUACCAAGAAUUGAGAUUAGUUUUGGCGGAAAUAGGGAUUUUCAAAAAAGGGGAUUUUUGAACGUAAAUGAACGGUUUAUCGUAAAUCAAAUUUUUUAAGCUGGUUGGAUUAUGAACAAAUAGAUAUUUUGAAACCGUUAUAACCUCUCCAAAUUUCAAAAAAUUCAAAAAAUAGUCUUCGAAAAAAGUCGAAACCGAUCUUUCUAAUAUGCUCAAUGUGAAAACAGUACUAAUCCGUAAAAAAGUUUUUUAAAAUAAUGAAGGUGAAACAUGAAACUAACUUAUUUCAAUUUUCGAUUUUCAAGGCCCGCGAAAACUCGACGAUUCGAGUCGCAUCCCAAUGUCGUCUUGAUGACGUCGUCGGCGAAGAUUUCUACUUCCAACAUAUUCUGAUUGUUCAGUGGGCGCCAGUUGCAUGUGAGUUCGGAAAAAAAAACUCUAAAAAUAUUAAGUUGAAAAAAUGUCAAUAAAUCAAGUUUUUCAAGCGUUAUUCUUUAGCAAAACGGAAUUUAUCCUCUUCUAAUGAAAAGAUUCAAGCCAUUUUUUAAAAAUUCAUCGAAAAAAUCCUCGAUUUCCAUAGAUUUACAAGUCAUCUUUGGGUAGAAAGUUCAAUAAAAAUCUUAUUUUCUCCACACCUCGAAAUUUCAGGCCUCGCAAUCCUUUCGCUUGUCCUCCUGGUCUACGGUAUCCGAAGAACCAAACAUAAAUGGUGUUAUAAUUGGUCGGAAGACAAGCAAACGACCCGACAGGUGCGUUUGCGGUCGCGUCGCGGCUGAGAAAUGACGUCAUCAAUACCUUUGAUCGUUUACAAAGAACUAUACGGUGGAGUAAGAGAGAACAGAAGUUAAGUUUAGGGACCGCAAAGCUCCGCCCACUUGCUUCGAACGCUUUUUUUGCUCUGUAAAAUUGUAUUUUUCUUUUUUUAUUUAGCGCACAGAUUAGCUUUGAUGGAGAAACAAACAAUAAUUAUAACAGAAUCGGAUUUUCCAUUCAAAACGGAACUAAUUUUAACAUUUUCAGUGAAAAUGGAAGCGCGCCCUCUCUGCAAAAUAGGCUCCUCCCACUUUUUCAUAGCGUAACCCGAUUCAGUGCAAGAAGCGUUCUUGGAGUCGCGCCUUUUCUUGAUUUUUCUUCAAAUUUUCAUCGAUUAUUUGAGAUUCGCUAAGGGGAGCAUAAGAUGAUACCGAGAGAAGCUGCUUUAGGGGUCUGAUCUGAAUUCCCCAUAGGGAUCACCUAAAUAUUAGCCUUCUAAGGACUGCUAAUUUGUCACUUGUAUGUGCCUAAAUAUUCUCGCUUCAAAAACUGAGCGAUCUUCAGCUUUUCUUCAGUAAAUUUAGAAAAGUAGUAAUUUUAAUCAUUAAAAUUCAAAAUUAUAACUUGUUAGAGUUUUUUCUACUCCAUAUGGAGAAGUCCCUUCAUCAGUUUCUCUCAAAAAAGACCUAAUUUCAACCAUUUCCAGCUCUUUGCGACAAUCUUCAUGCGAUGUUUCCUGUCGGGAAUUUCCGUUCACAUCCCGCUGCUCUUCAUUUCGCGGACGCCGGAAGGACACGAAAUGUCCGUUUUGAGGGACUUGAUCGUCAGGUUCAUCGCUUUCCCUUUUCAGUAAACUGGCAAAACUUAGUGGUCACUAUAGAGACUCUCCAAGGACUACUUGGAGAGGACACUAAAGUGGCCGCUAAACCCACCCCUAUAGUGGCCAAUGCUUCCCGUGUUAGUGGCCACUUCAGUAGUUUUUCAUCCAGUAUUCCUUCCAGUAACUCUGAUAAUUUUGAAACAAACGAGUUAUGUUGAUCCAUUGACCCCUAAAGUGGCCACUAAAAGUUUUAGUGGUCUAGUAGUAGCACUUAGACCUCUAUAGUGGCCACUAAUUUGACCACUAAAAAUUUCCCCAGAAGAUUGAAAAAAAUCUGCAGACUGACCGCUUCGAUUCUCGUCUCGGCGAUGCAGCCGAUGUGGUAUUAUUUCAUCCUGAGCGCCUUCCAGGCCAACGUCUACACACUCUUCAACAAGUACACGGAGAAUACGGAGAGAAAAUGGCAGAGUGCCGGUUCGUUUCUAGAAAAGACCUGAAUUUUAUGCUUGAAACUUGUGAACGUUAGAGUGGUCCCUAGAGGGGUUAGGAAAAAAACGGCCCACUAUAGGGCACGAAAAAGGGCUCACUAGAGGGGUAAAUUGUAGAUUGUCCCUAUAGUGGUUUGAAUUCUGAUUUCUGACUUUUGAAGCGUAAGUGGUCCCUUUAGUGGUAUUUCAGAUGUUUUUUUUUCCAGAAUCUAUUAGAGAUAAAAACGUAUAGGAAACAAAAAUCAUGUUCCCCUAGGGUGGUCACUAACUGAAACACCUAGAGUGGCCACUUUUGAAAGCCCCCCUGUAGCGGGAUUCGAGGUGAUCCCUAGAGGGGAGUCUAAAUUAUUUUAGGCCGAAAUUGUUGAAAAGAAGACGUCUUAUUCAAGGUCGCGGCAAAAAACGCCCAAAAAUAGUUUUUUGAGGAAAAUAAAUCUCGAAUUUUUGCUGCAGAAUUCAUUUUACUUUAAAAUGAAGUUUGAUUUAUUUCGAAGAAAAAUAAACUUUAUCACUUAAAAUGCCUCUUCAAACAGUUCUUGACGGACCUUUUGAAGAAUUCCAGCAUCGAAAAUAACACAAAAAACAGUUCUCCGCUUCAAGAAAGUUAUUUAUUAUCCUUUAAAGAGCCCAAGAAAGUUUUUUUAUAGUGGACUUUCUCUCAAAAACUGAACGGAUUAAGAAAAUUGACAGUCCCUUUAUCGAAAAGUGUGAAAAGUAUAUUUUUUGAAUCAUUUUUGAAAAAAGUCUCACCGUCCCUAACAACAAAUUCGAAUGCUCGAUUUCUGAUUCCUGAACUUCAAUCAAAGAAUUUUCGGCGUUGAAUAAAAAAAAGUCUUCAUACGAAUAAUGAAAAAAUAGCUGAUAACGAAAGUUGUAGAUGAUCCACCAAGAGAGCCUCACGAACACGUCGACAUUCACGGAAGCCCGAAUCCGUUCGGAUCCUGGUACUCGAUGACCGGAAAUAUCAACGGCGAGGCCGGAAUUCCGGUCGGAAACGAAAGAUCCAUCAGUUUCUACUAUGAUAACAUGUGA